GUAGCAAGCUCGGUACCAUUCGAGCAGGUGAGUGGACAAGAGCUUCGUUUCACUACCACCCGCUGAUUGCAACUUAAAAGCUUCCUAGGUAGAUUUCAAAGCUCGUAAGUGGAGUGGGCUUGUUUCUCUCAGCAAAACCACCGGUGCAUACCUUACUUAUCAACGAAAACGAGCACAAAAUCUCCCCAAGGCCGCCAUGAACAUCAACGACCUGAACAACAGUGGGUCCUCGUCCGCGGACCAGACCGCGUCCAUGUCCGCAGCCGCCGCGUAUGCAGCCGCCCAGGGCGACGCCGCCGCAGCGAAGCAGAUUGCGUCGGGUCAGUGGAGCACCAAACGGAUGCAGGAGGAGUUCGACCAUGCCAAGGCCGGGCUCGUCCACAAAGACUUCAAGCCCACCGACUAUCCCGAUCCGCUGCGGCCACGCCACAGCUUCAAGAAUCCGUACGCAGGCAAAUAUCCACAGGAUACCGAGAAACAGUUGAAGGAAUUUCUGAACAGGGUCGAUGCAUAAGCGGUAAACUUUGGUGGACCAAAAUAUGAAAGGGUUCCUCACGUUCAGGAAUGUUGGCUGGUGGAAGCCCGGGUUAUGGUUGAGUGCCCGCUGUAGGGCUGGGCAUAGCAGACGGGCUCGAGAGUCCGACGACGACAUGAUAAUAUUGGCGUUAUGGAGUUUCAAGGGACUGUUGUGGUGUUCUAUAGCAUGAUUGCAUAUACACCACAUUUGUUGAUUGCGUCUUGUUGUUUAUUCACCUCGGAGUUGCGCUGUUUACUUGAGCUUCAAGAGCCUCACCAAGAUUUCUCUCCCUUCACUAUCACUUAAUACCUAGAGAGCACACAGCUAAUACCAUUGAGCUUGCGAGACUCUGCUCACUUUCCA